GCCGUAUGAAUUCCUGGAUGAAGUAGCAAUGAGGACGGAUGCAGGUGUUCCGCGGCACUAAUUAAGCGCGACGAGGCGACCGCCUAAGUGACGCGACCGGGUCUGCUCAAGACUGUUCUUACACUAAAUAUCCAACACAGUCCAACGUUUUGGCUAGCUAAGUCGCGAAUGAUGAGCAACAGCGGACCGACCUAUCCCCUCGCCUCUUUGUAUGUCGGGGACCUGCAUCCAGAUGUUACAGAAGCCAUGCUGUACCAGAAGUUUUCUCCUGCCGGUCCCAUCAUGUCAAUUCGUGUGUGUCGUGAUAUUAUAACCCGGAGAUCUUUGGGAUAUGCUUAUAUAAACUUCCAGCAACCAGCGGAUGCUGAGUGUGCCUUGGAUACAAUGAACUACGACGUUCUCAAGGGACGGCCAAUCCGAAUAAUGUGGUCGCAACGUGACCCAGGCCUCAGGAAGUCAGGCGUAGGCAACAUCUUUAUCAAGAACAUGGAUGACUCCAUUGACAACAAGGCAUUAUAUGAUACUUUCUCAGCUUUUGGUAAUAUUUUGUCCUGCAAGGUCGUUUGUGAUGAGAGAGGCUCAAAAGGGUACGGCUUUGUUCACUUUGAGACUCAGGAAGCUGCGAACCGUGCCAUUAAUACUAUGAACGGAAUGCUGCUGAAUGACAGAAAAGUUUUUGUUGGCCAAUUCAAGUCCCGCAAGGAUCGAGAGCAGGAGUUCGGCACCAAAGCUAUGAAAUUCACCAAUAUCUACAUUAAAAAUUUUGGUGAAGACUACACUGAUGACAAUCUCAAAGAUGUUUUUUCUGCAUAUGGAAAGACGCUUAGUGUGCGUGUGAUGAAGGACGAGCGAGGUCAUUCACGUGGAUUCGGCUUUGUAAACUAUGCCAACCAUGAGGAUGCGCAAAAGGCAGUCGAUGAGAUGAAUGGUAAGGAAUUCAAUGGGAAGUUCCUCUACGUUGGACGGGCUCAGAAGCGGCUUGAGCGUCAAGGAGAGCUUAAGCGCAGAUUUGACCAAAUCAAACAGGACCGAAUCCAGCGUUAUCAGGGUGUCAAUCUGUAUGUGAAGAACUUGGACGACAGCAUAGAUGAUGAGAGACUUCGGAAGGAGUUCUCCCCCUAUGGCACCAUAACAAGUGCCAAGGUCAUGACUGAUGGGUCCCAAAGCAAAGGCUUUGGCUUUGUCUGCUUUUCUUCACCUGAGGAAGCAACAAAAGCAGUAACUGAGAUGAACGGAAGAAUUAUUGCUACUAAGCCCCUGUAUGUGGCACUUGCCCAGCGAAGGGAGGAGCGCAAAGCGAUCCUCACUAACAAGUACAUGCAGAGACUGGCCACCCUGAGGAGCAUGACCAGUCCCAUCAUUGACUCGUACCAUCAGACUGGCUACUACAUGACUGUGCCACAGGCUUCCACACAUACCUUCUAUGAGCACAACGCCAUCAGCAACCUGAGAUCGGUUCCUCGUUGGGCAGGACAGUCCCCCAGAGUGCAGGGUCCAUACUCAACCCAAAAUGUUGGCGGGUCUACCCCUCGCCGUGGCUCCACUGCCAUCGCCACAUUGAGACAGGCUUCCACGCAGGCUCCACGUAUUGUCAGUUCCACACAAAAGACAAAUAACAUCGGAACUCAGACUGCGUGUGGGCGAGCUGACCUGUCCAGUAUUUCCAGGAGUAAUCAGUUCAAGUACUCGUCUGCGGUGCGAAACCCUCAGCAGGUCAUGCCUGUACCAAUGACUAGACCCCAGGUUGUUCCUGCCCCUGUGAUUGAGCAACCAGCGCAUGCUCAAAGCAUUGAACCACUCACCACUUCAAUGUUGGCUGCAGCACCACUUGUGGACCAGAAGCAGCUCUUUGGUGAGCGUCUGUACCCUCUAAUCCAUGCUCUUCACCCAAACCUGGCUGGAAAAAUUACUGGAAUGCUGCUGGAGAUAGACAACGCGGAGCUGCGACACAUGCUGGAGUCACCAGAGUCCCUCCAUGCCAAGGUGGACGAGGCGAUUGCUGUCUUACAAGCCCACCAAGCCAAAGUCUGCGCCCCCAAAAAGUGAGGACUCCUUGGUCAGCUUUGUUCAUUGUGUUAAGGUUUGUCCUACAGUGGAUGGAUGGGACUGUUUUUGUCAAAUUGUCAAGUUCUUGUUUCAUGUUUAUGAGGGUGAAAAGUGUUGGCCUUACAUUGACUCUUAUUCGAUAUCCUGUAAUGCAAAACAUGAUUCCGUGUGAUGUAUGUUUGCUCAUUUGGACAUUUAUUUAAAAUCUAGCUAGCUUUCUUUACAGAUGCUGACCACUUUCUGCUAGAGUUUGAAAUUGCUUUAAAAAAUAUAUUUGGGGGGGGCAGUGUUAUAUGUGGCGGUAACGGACAAAGGAGUUUUGUUCCUUUUUUGUAAUAUCUUUUGUUAAUAUAAAGUUCACAAUAUAGGCAUUAAACCUGUCUUGAGUCUUU